GAGACGACACGACCGCUCUGUGGGGAGAGAGAGCCACCGCUGCCUGCGCCGCACAAUGUCUACCGCUCUGAAUUAAUACAGGAAAGAGAGAGGGGGGGGAGAUAGAACGAGAGAGAGUGAGAGAGACUGAGUGAGAGACAGGGAGGUAGAGACAGAGACAGAGUGAGGUGGGGAAUGUGAUUCCAGCCUAGCGCUCCGUUGGCUGGCUAGGAGAGGCAGAGAAUCUAGGCUUGGCAGUGGGCUUGGCUUGGUUCAUCUCUGCCUUUCUUUCCCCUUCUCUGUCUCUCUCUGUGGGCAGCAGUCGUCGUCAUUGGAUCCUCUUGGGUUUGCCGUGGUUGCCUGGAGAGCCGACGGUGGUUGGGGACCGGUGGGAGGAUCAUGACUCUGGAGGGGGAGCUUUGAAGUGCCGCUGUUGAGAAAGCCCAACCAGUUGCACCCUGAGGAGGCGGAGGCGUGCUUUUGAACCAAGGUGUUGCCCCACCCAACCCAGCUGAUACCAGCAGAUGGAGGUGGACGCGGUUGAGAAACACCACCGGACACGUUCCAAAGGGGUCCGAGUUCCGGUGGAGACGGCAGCACAGGAGUUAUUCAGCUGCCCUACUCCAGGAUGUGAUGGAAGUGGACAUGUCAGUGGCAAAUACGCCAGACACCGCAGUGUCUAUGGCUGCCCCCUGGCCAAGAAGAGGAAGACCCAGGAGAAACAGCCUCUGGAGCCUUCCCCCAAGAGGAGGCCCUACUUAACCCCUACCGACCCAGAGGUGAACCCUGCUGCCAUCUUCCCCUCCUAUGAGCCUGAACCCAUGGAUGAGGGAGAGGAGAAGGAGCAGGGGGAGGUAGACGGGGAGAUUCAGGAGGAAGGAGAAGAGGAGGAAGGGGAGGAGGGGGAAGAGGUAGAAGAGAUAGAGGAGGAAGGAUUUUCUGAGGAUAACGGGGAGCUAGGUGAGGAAGAGGAGGAAGGAGAAGAGGCAGAUGAGGAGGAGGAGGAGGUGGAGAUGGAGGUAGUAGGGCCAGUGGAGGUGGAACAGGUGGAGGAAGGGAUAGAGGAAGAUGAGGAAGCAGAUGAUGGGGAUGAUGAAGAGCAAGAGGAAGGGGAGGAGGAAGAGGAACAGGAGGAUGAGGGUGACGAAGAUGAACAUGAGGAGGAAGAAGAGGAGGAGGAGGAAGAAGAGGUCCAGAGUCACCAUGAGCCAGAGAACCGGCACAAAAAUGGCGGACAAUCAAAGCAUCACCCUACGGGACAGAAGGAUAACAUCAACAACAGUGCCCCUGGCCCUAACGUCGGCCCUAAUGGUGAAGAGUAUGAAAACUAUGAUGAGCUGGUGGCCAAGUCCCUUCUCAACCUGGGGAAGAUCGCAGAGGACGCCGCCUACCAGGCCAUGACCGAGUCAGAGAUGAACAGCAACUCCUCCAACAGUGCCGGCGAGGACGAUGAUGAUGAUGAUGAUGAUGAUGAUGAUGAAGAGGGCAACGAGCGCGGUGGGGGCAGGAAGGGCAAGCUGAGCGUGGAUCUGGACAGCGACGUGGUCAGGGAGACGGUGGAUUCGCUCAAGCUGUUGGCGCAGGGCCACGGCGCUGUGCUCCCCGACGAUGGCUACCCAGAAGGCACCGGUUUGGAGGAUGGCAGGCAUCCCAAUGGGCGACCCCACCACCAUGGCGUCAGGGGUCAGGCUGAGGAGAGCGAGGAGGAGGUGUGCCUCAGCAGUCUGGAGUGUCUGAGGAACCAGUGCUUCGACCUGGCCCGCAAGCUGAGCGAGACGUCGCCUUCCGACCGCCUUGGACACCCCGGCCUGCAACACCACCAGGCCCAUCAGAACCACCACCCUAACCAGUCCCACCACCACCUGCAGCAUCAAACCGGCCACCACCACCACCAGGCUCAGCACCAGCCUCCGGCUCAGGCCCACCACCUGCCCAGGUACGAGAGCUGCCAGGAGGGCCAGCAGCCUGACGAGCGUGGGUCCCUGGAGCGCAGCUACUCGGACAUGGUCAACCUGAUGAAGCUGGAGGAGCAGCUGAGCCCGGCCUCCAGGGGGGGCUACUCGGCCAGCUGCCACCAGGACGGGGACGAGGACACCACGUCGGUGGCCUCGGACCGCUCGGACGAGGCCUUUGACAUGACCAAAGGCAACCUGUCCCUGCUGGAGAAGGCCAUCGCCAUGGAGUCAGAGCGAGCCAAGGUCAUGAGGGAUCGCAUGGCCUCGGAGGGACAUCAUAUGGUGGCCCGAAGGGACAAUCAUCAUCACCACCACCACGGCGAGCACAGCCCCAGACAGAGCAGCGGGGCGGAGGAGCGGAAGUCCAGAAUGCACCACGAUGGGUCAAAGAGAGCAUACUACCCUAAAGAUUCUGCAAGGGGGGACAAGAAGGAGAGUAAGUGUCCGACGCCGGGCUGCGAUGGGACAGGCCACGUCACGGGUCUCUACCCCCACCACAGGAGCCUGUCAGGCUGCCCCCACAAGGACAGGGUGCCACCAGAGAUUCUUGCAAUGUAUGAAAAUGUUCUAAAGUGCCCUACUCCUGGCUGCUCGGGGCGUGGCCAUGUCAAUAGCAACAGGAACUCCCACCGCAGUCUCUCGGGGUGCCCCAUCGCUGCUGCAGAGAAGAUGGUUAAAGUCCAGGAGAAGCACAUCCCAUGUGACGGGGGCCCCAAGUCCAACCAGGCUUCAGACCGUGUGCUGAGGCCAAUGUGCUUUGUGAAACAGCUGGAGAUCCCACAGUACGGUUACAAAAAUAACGUCUCCACCAGCACGCCGCGCUCCAACCUGGCCAAGGAGCUGGAGAAGUACUCCAAGACCAGCUUCGACUACGGCCAAGGCUACGACAGCCAGCAACACAUCUACGGUGGGGGGAAGAGAGGCCUGGUCCCCAAGCCCCAAGGACGGGACUUCUCGUCUAAGGGAUAUGACGCCAAGCGCUACUGUAAGAGCCCAGCCAGCAGCACGACGAGCAGCUACGCUCCCAGCAGCAGCAGUCUGAGCUGCGGAGGGGGAGGGGGCGGCAGCAGCGCCAGCAGCACCUGCAGCAAAAGCAGCUUCGACUACACACACGACAUGGAGGCUGCCCACAUGGCCGCCACGGCCAUCCUCAACCUGUCCACGCGCUGCAGGGAGAUGCCCCACGGCCUGGGAGGCAAGCCCCAGGAUCUCCUCUCCCAGAGUCCUGAUGGGGAUGUGGAUGACAACAGUACCCUGGACCUGAGUGUGAGCCGUGGGCAGCCUGGGGGUCCUGAGGGGAGUGGCACGGUGCUGACGCCCCUGCAGCCCAUGUCCCCCCAGCGGCAGGCCCUGCUCAACAGCAGCCGCUGCUACCAGAUGAGUGAGGCCGACUGCUGGGACCUGCCCGUGGACUACACCAAGAUCAAGCGCAUCACUGACGACGAUCACAAAGAGUCUUCCUUUUUUUCAUCCCUCCACCAGGUCGAUGACCUGGACCCAUUCCAGGACCUUCUGGAUGAGCAGCACUAUGGAGGGGACGUGACCAUGCCCAGCCCCAAACACAAGUACUCCGCCUGCAAGGAGGGCAAGAAGGAACUCAUCACUCUCUCAAACUGCCAGUUAGCUGACAAAAGCAUCCGCAGUAUGAUGACAACCAAUGCCCAAGACCUCAAGUGUCCCACUCCGGCAUGUGACGGGUCUGGACACAUCACUGGGAACUACGCCUCGCACAGGAGACCUUUCCCCUCUAGUCUGUCAGGCUGUCCACGGGCGAAGAAGAGCGGGAUCAAGAUACUGCACAGCAAGGAGGACAAGGAUGACCAGGAGCCAAUUAGGUGUCCAGUCCCAGGCUGUGAUGGACAGGGUCACGUGACGGGGAAAUACGCAUCUCACCGCAGUGCGUCGGGCUGCCCCCUGGCGGCCAAGCGGCAGAAGGAUGGCUAUGUCAACGGCUCCCAGUUUGCAUGGAAGUCCGGGAAGACAGAUGGCAUGUCGUGCCCGACCCCGGGCUGCGAUGGAUCAGGACAUGUCAGCGGGAGCUUCCUGACCCAUCGGAGUCUUUCUGGUUGCCCGCGUGCCACCUCAGCCAUGAAGAAAGCCAGAAUGACUGGGGUAGAAAUGUUAACGAUCAAGCAACGGGCAAGCAAAGGAAUAGAAAAUGAUGAGGACAUCAAACAGCUGGAUACAGAAAUCAAAGAUCUAAACGAAUCAAACAAUCAAGUGGAAUCAGACAUGAUUAAACUUAGGACACAAAUCACCACUAUGGAGACUAACCUGAAGUCCAUAGAGGAGGAGAACAAAGUUAUUGAGCAGCAGAAUGAUUCCCUACUGCACGAACUAGCCAACCUCAGCCAGUCUCUCAUCAACAGCUUAGCGAAUAUCCAGCUCCCACAUAUGAAACCGAUGCCACAGAAAGAGGCCCCAGUUAAACAUAGCUGCUGUUUACAGAUGCCCCACAGAGAGCCAAUGAAUGAACAAAACUUUGAUAGUUAUGUGAAUACUUUGACAGAUAUGUACACCCAUCAGGACCAAUACCAGAGUCCAGAGAACAAGGCCCUAUUGGAAAACAUCAAACAAGCGGUGCAAGGCAUCCAAGUGUAGUAGCCUAUCUACCUGCGAAAAAGGCACUGUCAGAGGCUAAAUCAAAUGAUGUUAAAGUGACAAAAAAGGGUCAAAAGAGAGAAUGGAUCAGGAUUUUUUUUGCUGCUGUAAAUUACCAUCAUGUUUCUUUUAUUACAAUGUUAUGCUCUGAGCUCCAUGGUUAUGAUAUUUUUGCCUUGCUUUAAAAAUAGUUCCCGAUGGCAAAAGUUUAAAAGAACAUACACGUUUUGUACAUUUUCAUAUGACCUAAUAUAAUGCGAUGUACUGUUUAUAGCUGCUAAUGUAUGCACAUUUUUGUGUAUAUGUAUUUAUUAAUUGUAAGCUUGUUUCAUUCAUUAUUUGAACGCUUAUUGAUAAAAAAGGACUAAACUGAGUCCCAUGGGUCGGGAGCCAGAUGAGGGCAAUGUGAGGAGCAAUCAUUUUUAGAUAAGCGUUUCUUUUUGUGAUUUAAUAGAAUACAACAAAAAAAAAGACCUUUGGUGUGAAGAUUGUUUAAUGGAUGUAAAUGUAUCGAUUUUUGUAACAAUGUUUGAAAAAACUCUUUGUCUUCAGUGGUCUGUGUGGAGACUAAUAAUAAUGUCUAUGUUUAAAUAAAGUACGAGAAGAAACUAUGUAUAAAUAUGACAAAUUUCAAACAUCAUGAGACGGAAACUAAGUGGUGCAACUCCCAUCAUCUGGAAUGGACUGUACUUCAUUAAGUUAGAAAUAAAUAAAAAAGUCUUAGUAAUAUGUGCUGUUAAACUAUUUCCAUUUCAAACACAGAGCGGGAGGACCAAUGGCUAUGGGAAAUGUAGGAGACAAUCUAGCGUUACUCAUUUAUUUUAAUCGUAAAUCUUAUCGAAUAGCUAGUAGGUACAACUUAUCAGCAAUAUUGGUAUAACAAUGAUUAAAUCACUUGUUUAGAUAUGGGAUGCAAUCUAUAUAGAACAAAAGUUUGGGUAUAUGCAAUUUCUUAUAAAUAAAAUUAGCUGAGCUGAUAAAUCUUUUUACUAAAUGUAAAUGUAUUAAGUUUUGUAUAAAUCUUUUAAUACAAUCAUGUUUUCGGGAUUCAUCAUGCGGCGAUCAGUUCCAAAAUGAAAGAUGGAUGAGUUUAUGAGUUUCGUUCUCUCAUGUUCGAUUUUGCACAGGAACACCUUGGUUUUGAUGUUUUUAUUGACACUUAAAGAGGUACUUGAAGGGUCAAAUUGAUGGUUCAGAGGUUUUCUAGAAAAGUUAUCUUUAUAAAGGCUGAUUGAUGCGCUGGACUUACAGGGUCAAUGUCCCCCAUUUAUCAUAGUAUAUUAUUGCACUGUCUUUGCGAUCAUGCAUAGUAUGUGUCUGAGCCACACAACAUGACACGAGCUAAAGGUUGCUUUUUGAUUCUGUCCUAAAAAAAUGAAUCUAUUGGUAAAAACUUUAUUGAUAUCUAUUAUAACAGCAAAGAAUAACGGAAGUGAUACUACUAAUAGUGGUCCACGAUUUACUAGCGUUUCUAUGAUUGAUGACAAUUUCGUGAGGAAAUUGCGAUCCCUUUCUAUGAGACACCCUCAAUAAAUGUUUUCAUAGUACUUAAAAACACCAUUAUAAUGCAAUGUGAGUGUCAAUGUCAGCCCCCUAUAAUGCCACAACCUUUUAAUCAUCAGCCAACUGCAACAAAUCUACCCUUACAUAGUAUUUACUAAUGAAUCAUUACAUUUCCUUUACAAAUUGGCAUAACCAUGUGACAUGCACUUGCUGAAGAUGACUCUAAUAAUGGAUUAUAUGUGUGUUCUUAAUACAGUUUAUUGUGCAUGCACAUCAUGGGGAGUAUGUCCCAAUUAUAUCAAUAAAUAGAUAUCAUUAUUUUAAUUUAAACGACUGUAUAUGGCAACAGUAUCUAAGAUGCACUGUCCUUGGAAGUAGCCUACAGUGAAGCCAAGGACUUCAUUUAGACAGGCGGUCCAAUUCUGAUAUUUUUUCCAAGUAAUUGGUCUUUUGAUCAAUCACAUAGAUCUUUUCACACCAGAUCUUUUCGGAACUGAUCUGAUUGGUCAAACGACAAAUUAGUGAAAGAAAUAUCAUAAUUGGGCUACCUGUCUAAAUGCAGCCGCGAGACUUAGAGCUGAGUGAGUCAAGUUCAAUUCAGACAUCCCUUCUUGGUAGUCAACAUGAGGGUGUUAUGGGCUUAGCUAGUCAUUGACCUGAUCUCACACUUCAAAGCAUCUAUUUGGACCUCCUACUAGACUUGAGGUCCACAUUCCAUAUGACUCCACAUGCCUGUGUCUAAAGCUUUGUGUCUGCAGCUUUUUGCCAAUAAAGUAAUGCUAUAGAUAGAUUGACAGCUUGUACUAUUUUCUUCAGUCAAUUAUUCUUACUGAUACAAAGGAAAUGGGAAUUUUAAGCACAAAUGUCCUACUCACCAACAGUCAGUACAUAUUGAAAUAACAAAUGUAAAAAGGUUAUCUGUGAUUAUUUACAUAGAGAACACUAACAUGUCACAUGCUAGAGUGCAGAAGAAUUUUCAUAUGAAUAUUUGUGAAUUCAUCUAUUGAUUAAACUGCUACAAUUACGAUUUAUUUUGAGUAAUGCUUUGAUGAAAGGAUUUUAUACAACAUUAAUUUCCUUCUCUCCUUUCCCCUCUCUCCCUCUUGCAAACUUUCCAACUUAAUUUUGGUACCACAUGGCAUGAUUUCUGUUGAUCUUUAAUUUUGUAUGUUUAAGAUCACAAGUUGCUGUGAUAUUUCAUUUGAAAUUGUGAAGUUUGUACGAUUUUUAUCACGCUGGUGUUGACAUCUCUUACUCUGAAUAAAACGUGUGUUACAACA